AUGGUGGUGGUACGCGAAUCGCCACGCGCCAAAGUGUCGCCCGACAAGAGCGCGACGCAAUGGCCGCCCAAGUCGCCCUUCCAGGCCCUGCUGUCUUCACCGAGCGGUCGGAGGAAGUGGCAGGACCACGAGAGCGCGCGAGAGAGAUCCGUGUCGCCCAGUCCGGUCAAAGGGAGGCAGGAAGCUCCCCAGAUCGCGACUCACGACUUUGGCGAAUCCGUGCCUGACGAGGACGACGAGGAGACGCUGGAGUUGCAGCUGCAGGCCAUCCAGACCAAACUGAAGCUGAAGCGACUGCAGCAGGAGAGGUCGAAGGGUGAGGGGGCCAGUGGGAGCAGCGGCGACAGUGGCAGACCGCGGUCACGGCCUGGCUCAUCACCAACCAAGUUGACCUUCGACUCGAUACGGCCGACAUCACCAAACAAGACUACCUCCCACGCGACACGACCGCGGCCGCAGUCACAGGUGAGCAACGUGGAAGUGCCGCUUUCACCCACCAAGGACCGACGUAUAGAGCCUACAGAGCAGCCUUCGCCAGCACGCAGGAGAUUAGGCUUGACUGCCGAACGCACGGCACGCGAGCUGUCUCUCAAGCGCGCGAGAGACGGCAGCCAGAUCAAGCGGACUGAGCCUUCCCGAAAAGCUCAGGAUGUCGUCGAACCGCCGAAGUUGAGCUUCAGUGAGAGGUUGAACCAAACCAGGGCGGAGGCGCAACAAAAGCAGGAGAAGGAAGAGAGGCUGGAGAAGGCGCGGAGCAAGGGCUUUGGCAGUACAGCGACUCCAACGUUUCAAAAACCUGCUGGAGAUGGAGAGGCGUACGGCAGGACGAAGUCGAGGGCAGGCACGGAGGAAGCCAAACGGCCAUCAUCCGCACACCAGCUUUCGACAUCCACAAAUCUCGACAAUGACAUCGCCUUGGCAAGGAGUCAAUCUACCAAGUCGUCCAAACGCGAGAACCGCAAGAUCCCACACGCCAAUGGUGUCUUCUCGCCUGGCGAUGGCCACUCACACGAAACACCGGCAAACGGCACAGAUGAAGGUGGACCGGGCUUCGACCCUUUCUCUCAGAUCCAUCUUUCCAAACGCCUCAUGCCGCACGCCUCCGUCGCCCGCGCAAUGGAAGACCGCGAGGUGUACACUCUCCCGCGGCUCUUGAAAGAAGUGAAAGCACCGCACUACGACCCACCUGACUGUGAAUCCGACUACGUUGUGUUCGCAGUCCUGGCCUCCAAGUCCUCACCCUUUGACCAGAAGUCCUCUCACAAGACCAGCGAUAAGAACAAACCACAAGACGAUGCCCAAGCUCCACGGAACAAGUUUAUGGUCUUGCACCUCUGCGAUGGAGCUAAAUGGGAAGUUGACUGCUUUCUCUUCGGCUCCGCCUUCGACGCCUUCUGGAAGCUCACUCCUGGUACCCUGUUGGCCAUACUCAACCCCCACAUCAUGCCACCGAAAGGCAACAACAAGCAUACUGGAGCGUUCAGUCUGAAGCUGGGUAGCUCCGAAGAUUCUGUGCUAGAAAUUGGCGUGGCGCGAGAUCUGGGUUACUGCGAGAGCGUGAAGAAAGAUGGAACAUUGUGCGGCGAGUGGGUCGACAAGCGCAAGACGGGCAUCUGCGAGUUUCAUCUCAACCUUGAAAUUGAGCGGAACAGGAGAGGCAGGAUGGAAGUCAACACGAUGGGUCGCGGACACGGGAAGAAAGGUGACAAGCGGCCGGCGAACCGCUGGAAUGCGCGAGGGGAGGGUGGAUGGGAUAACUACAUGGACGGAAAGAAGGCGAAAGGGAACAAUGUGAAGCACGAUCGCGAGUUUGGACGUGUGUAUAGUAUGCCGCCGAGUGCAGCAGGGUUUGGAAGAAGUGCGGCCAAGAUGCUUGAUGCCGAAGACACGACUGAGGGGCUGUAUGGCAUGUCCAAGGAGGAAGCGAGUCGCAAGCGUCUUGCUGAGGCCCAGAAGGAGCGUGAUCUGGCGAAAAGGCUGGGCGCAAUGGGCAACGGUGUUGGGGCCGAGUACCUGCGGGAGACGACAAAGACCGCCGUCGGUUCUACAACGACCACGAAUGGCGGCGUUGCCAACGCCACCAGCCAGACAAACGGACAGAAAGAACCCUACUUCCCCAAACCCUCCGCCGCCUCCCUCGGCCUCCUCGCCAACGACGCCUCUUCUGCUCGUUUAUCACCAGCGAAGGACCGCCGCCGUCACUUUGGCCUCGGCGCCAUCUCGACCUCCGGCAAAGAAGCCAUGGGCUGGGGCGGUGCGCGCAAAAGCGGCCUCCUGCAACCCAAGGCUCCUCGAAUCGAUAGCCCAGAGAAAGGGCAGACGAAGCUGACACCGUCUGAUACAAAUGGCGGAGCGAGGCGGCCGGGCUUGGUCAGGGAGAGGUCGGACGGCGGGGAUGGCAGGUUGAGUCCGAAGAAGAGGGCACGAUUCGCGUUGGAGAAUAAAGGAAUAAGGGAGCCUGGGAGGGAGAGUCUUGGAACGGUGCAGCCAAGCCUUGGAGCAGGGAAUGGUAACGAUGGUGACGAUGACGAUGAUGAUGAUGGGUUGGAUAUUGUGUAG